AAAAGUGAGAUGUCUAACACGUAUAUAUUCGCUUUACUCCUUGGUCUUUUGGGAGUUUUUAAAGCAGAAACUUCAGCAAUAAUUGAAAACUCGAAGUUAGGAGAAAAUAUUCUUCUAACACUGGAUUUGAUUGGGCAGAAGAUGUGCGUGCAUCAGUGUUUUUACCACAGUGAUUGUAAGGCUGUAAAUUUCAACAAACGACAGCUGACCUGUGACCUUUUGACCCGCUCCGGUCAGGAAGAGCCAGGGUCUCUCCAGUAUGAUUCUGAUUAUAUUCACAUCUACAACUUAUCCAACGACCAGAUUUCAGAUUUCUGUGCAAAUACGUCGUGUCCAGCACACAAUCGAUGCGUGAAUGGAGAAAGAAAAUCUCUAUGUGUUACAUCUGGGUGUCAGACAAAUGGAUUAACAAUCAUCAAUGGAAAUAUAAGAGAUGAUGUGAUUCAAGUCGGCAGUACUUUGGAAUAUACCUGUCUCCUUGGAUAUGCAAAGAGAAACAUAGACAUCAGGUGCCUCAGUAGCGGGAAAAUUGAAAAUGCCGAGAAAGUGGCUUGCUUCAAAAUGGAAGGUUCGUGGACUAUUGCCUUUAAAAUCCAGAGUAACAGUGGUGCACAUCCUUUGAACUCGUUCCUUGACACCGGGACACAACAAGAACGAAACUCUUCUUUCCCCUCAACCUGUAUGACGCUGACUAAGGUACCCGAAUGUACUACUCCUUAUCGAACAGGACUCGUUGAUGAUUGGGGACAAUUAGGCGUGCAAGAAAUUCGUUUUGUGAUAACUGUUAAUUCUACACUGACACAAGAGAUCGUUUUUGACGGAUAUAAUUCAACUAACUUUGACUGGUUCACCGGAAGCCGUGUCAAAUCGUCCACGUGGUCUGACGUCACAAAUACGCAGACGUACUUGCAUUUCAAUUUACCAGGUGAUCAAAGGAGUACUAUUACUCGACUUUGGACCAUUAUAAAAUCAUAUCAUGGGUGCGCGGGUGAUAUUGGAUGGUUUCUCGCGUCCUUCAAUCCUACGGGAGGCUGUGCCUUUGAUAUGACCUCAAAUAUACCUACGGUUUACCCUGCAUUCCCAGUGUGUCCUAAAUCAACUGCCUGUUACUUUUUAUCUGAGACGGUAGAGGCAGAGACAUUUGCUGUACUUCUAAAGGCGGAUAAGCUGAGUUAGAAUUUUCCUCAAAACUCGUCCUAAAACCAAGAGUGAACAAUAUUUGAUGAAUGUGGACGGAGUUGAAGUUUUAUUUUUUGUUUUGUGUAUUUAUUGCAUUUCAUUGUUUUCCCAGUGUUUUCUUGCUGUUCAUGGAAAUCUUUCGUCAAAAGAAAUGAAAUAUAUUCUAUGAAGACCUCUUUGAUCUCUCUGAAAAAUGUUUUAAAGAUCCAAAAACGAAUGCCUCUGAAACUUUAAACAUCAGUUAAAGGUGGUUCAGGCAAUGAUAGUAAAAAAAAAAAAAAGAUCGAAAAAUCUAUUUAUGUACUUCUAGAUUUCCAACAAAAAAGAAAUAAUAAAAAUGACUCUUUUCUUAAUUUUCUGUGAAUUUCUAAACUUAACUACCAUUUUCUACUAUCAUGAUAUAAACCACAUAUAUCCCAUGUUUUACCUUUCUGAGGCAUUCAUUUGAUCUACGCGGCCUACGCCAUUUUUGCAACAACUACAACAUUAACUUCUGUACUAAGAACCAAAUAAGAGCAUUUUAUUGUUUAAAAACACAUUUUUUUAUCUCACUAUUUAGUGG